CGUAGAUACACGUGAGCAGCUGUCUCCCAUUCCUACGGACUUACUUCCUGCCAUAGCGGGCCGUAUCCCUCUGAACUUGGCCAAAAUGAGCGAACCGAUCGAUAAGAACAGCUCCACUCAAGAGGAAUCCACAAAUCCAAUGUUUCCAGAGAAAAGCAGUCAGAUUGGACAAAAGCAACUGCAACAGAUAGAACGGCAGUUGAAAUGCUUGGCCUUUCAAAACCCUGGGCCACAGGUGGCCGAUUUUAACCCUGAGACGAGGCAGCAGAAAAAAAAGGCACGGAUGUCGAAAAUGAACGAGUAUUUUUCUGGGAAGCACAAAGUUAUGAGGAAGUACGACAAAAGCGGCAGGCUACUCUGUAACGACAUGGACCUGUGUGACUGCCUGGAGAAGAACUGCCUGGGCUGCUUCUACCCUUGUCCCAAGUGCAACUCCAACAAGUGCGGCCCUGAGUGCCGAUGCAACCGGCGCUGGGUUUAUGACGCCAUCGUCACCGAGUCUGGAGAGGUCAUCAGCACCUUGCCGUUUAGUGUUCCUGACUAGGAGAUAUUAUACACAGACACUUUCUAGACACACACUCUCUAGACACACUCUCUCUCACUGUCUUCUCUCCCUCUGUAUGUGUGUGUAUGUGUGUGUUUUGAGGCAGGGUCUUAUUCUGUCCCUCACCCUGGCUUUGAACUUACACCAGUCUUUCUGUCUUAGCUUCUCAAGUUCUGGUAGUUUAGGUAUAAUACGUCAUGCCUGGCUCCCAUUUCUUGAUUUUUAUUGUAUACAUACAUACAUACAUACAUACAUGUAUA